AUGACGCCAAGCAAUGAACAAGGUUUCCCAAGGUUUCUAAGGUGGGUAAUAAGUGACAUCAGUACAACAAUCGAGAAAGACUUUAAUGAAACUAUGAAAAAGAUGCAACCAGAAUGGGUAAAAGCUUGCAGUGAUGAAGAGCAACAAAUUUUGGAUGAGUACAAAAAGAAUAGGCAAGAAAAUAACACAGAUGCCCUGAAGAAAAAGCUGCACAAAUCACUAGUGCAAAGAGAUAAAGUAUAUGAAGAUCUUUAUGACUUGCAGGUUAAAUAUGAAAAUCUUGUUACUUUCAUUGAAGAAAAAAGCCUAAAAGUUCAUGUAGCUGAUCUGAGGAAUUUGCCAAAUGAUAAGGAUCUUGUUGAUUUAUGUGUUGUCACCUUGCAAGAAAUCAUUUCAUUUAACAAAUCAUUAAAAAGUGAGGAAGGUGACAAAGGUAAGAAAGGUGAGAAAGGUAAGAAAGGUGAGAAAAGUGGCAAAUGUGGUGAUGUGGAUGAUAAUGAUGAUGAUGAGGAGGAAGGUGAUAAAGGUGAUAAAGGUGAGAAAGGUGGCAAAGAAGGUGAUGUGGACGAUAGUGAUGGUAAGGAGGAGGAGGGUGGCAAAGGUGGUGAUGUGCAUGAUGAUGACGAUGACAACGAGGGUAGCAAAGGUAGUGAUGAGGAGGAUAGAACUAAAUCCGAAAAGAAUGAACUUCCAUCAGAAACUCCUGAAAAGCUGAGUUAUAACAUCACUUUUAUGUGUACCAAUGAGGAAAAUGAAGAAAAGGAUAUGGAGGAUGGAAGUGAAUAUGACAAAGGAGAUGAGUCGGAAACUGCUAACAAGCCGAGUACUUCUCUGCCAAAGACAAAUGAAAUUUCUGAAGAUCAAGAAGACCAGGUGAACCUUGAAGACCAAAAUGUGAUGGAUACCACUCAAGCUGUUGAAAUUGAUUAA